GCACCCAAAUGCCUCAAAACGACGGCGCUUAAAUCCAGAAACGUGGCAACGUAACGCUGACUGUUUCAUCCUCUCUUCUUCUCUGUGGCAACUGGAAAUGGCUCUCCCAAACAAUCCCCAAUCCUUCCCCCAUUUUUCCUAAACCCCAAACCCCAAACUCCCCAAACCCAAACCCUAAGCCUUCAUCGAUCUCUCUCUCUCUCUAAAAAACCAAAACCAGAAACUUUCAGCUUUGUUUUAGAAAAUUUCUGAAUUUUUUUUAGCUGAGAAAAAAAAAGUCAAGAGAAAAUGUCGUGGAUAAGAUCGGCUGUGAGCAAAGCCGUGGAGGCUGGGAACAAGAACAACCUCACUCGGACCGUCAAGAACUAUGCCGACUCCGUCGUCCAGCAUGCCGGCCAAGCCGUAGCCGAAGGCGCCAAACGCUUUCAGGACCGUAUGGGAGCUCGUAGUUUUAAAAGUGUUAAGAAGAGUAUCCAGAGAUUGGAAGAAGCAGCUGUCUCUUGCGGGGGGGCUGAAAGACUUGAGAUACUGAGAAGGUGGGUGAUUAUGCUCAGAGAGGUCGAGAGACUGAAGCUUUCUCCGGGUUCUGUGGAAGAAAAAGACAACGCAGUCGAGCAACCUACUGCUUCUGAGGACGCCAACGAUAUUCGAAGAAGAAUAUCUCUGGUUUUGUACUAUGACUCUGAUGUUGGCGGUGAACCCAUGACUUUCCGCGAAGUGUUUCUUCAAAGUCAGGCUCUGGAGGGCAUAACACUGUCUAUGAUUCUUGAAGGUCCAAAUGAUGAAGAGGUUGCCCUGCUGAUGGAGAUGUUUAGGCUCUGUCUUACUGGAGGAAAAGAAGUUCAUAAUGCAAUAGUGAGCAGUAUACAAGAUCUGGAAAAAGCCUUUUCAAGCUAUGAAGAUGAAGUAUUGGUAAAACGGGAGGAAUUGCUCCAAUUUGCACAAGGUGCAAUUACGGGGUUAAAGAUUAAUGCUGAUGUCAUAAGAAUAGAUGAAGAAGUCUCUAGUCUAAGGAAGAAGCUUGACACAACGACCACCCCUCUGAAGCCUUCAACUGAAGGUCAUGACAAAGCAUCAGAAGAAACAAAAUUGGAAACAAUAGAGGCAUUAAAAGAAGCACUUGCACAAGUUCGAGCUUGUUCCAGAUUAGAAGGGCUUUUACUGAAGAAAAAGUUGUUGAACAAUGGAGAUUCUGCUGAGAUCCAUGCUCAAAAAUGUCAUGCGGUCCUUGUGACAGUCAAGCUUCAAUCAUGGGCCAAAAAAUUUCUUCUUACCUGUUUAAAUGUAUCUUGUUACAGAAUAGAUGAAGAAGUCUCUAGUCUAAGGAAGAAGCUUGACACAACGACCACCCCUCUGAAGCCUUCAACUGAAGGUCAUGACAAAGCAUCAGAAGAAACAAAAUUGGAAACAAUAGAGGCAUUAAAAGAAGCACUUGCACAAGUUCGAGCUUGUUCCAGAUUAGAAGGGCUUUUACUGAAGAAAAAGUUGUUGAACAAUGGAGAUUCUCCUGAGAUCCAUGCUCAAAAAGUUGAUAAAUUGAAGGUCUUGUCAGAAUCUCUGGCUAGCUCCUCUGCAAAAGCUGAAAAUCGUAUUUCAGAUCACAGACUUCAAAAGGAGGAGGCACUAAAAGUUCGUGUAGCCAGAGCAAGUGAAGUGAGUGAAAGAGAGAAGGUCUCGGCCAACGGCCGUGACACUGUCUGUCUGUCUGUCUGUCUAUCUAUCUAUAACUCUUUUGAUACUCUUGAGGCACACCUUUUAUCUUUUAUGCAGAAAGAGUUGGGGCCUUCUAUCAGUCGUAUAGGGAAAUUUGUAGAGAACCUAAAGAAUUUGAGCGAGGGGUCAAGGAUGGCAUCUACUGCAGAAAGCGAGGGUUCUAAAGUAUUAAAUCCAAUAAAUAAUCUUGAGGAGGAAUAUUUGGACCAUGAAACCAAGAUUAUUACCACCUUUAGUGUCGUAGAUAACAUCAAGGAGCAGUUUUAUGGCCCACGAGCUGAAAUUUCCAGGAAAGAUGACCCUAGGGUUAAGGAGCUGUUUGAUGAUAUUGAAAAAUUAAGGGAGCAAUUUGAAGCUAUUGAGAGACCAAAUCUACAACUGGAGAAUCCAACCCCAAAAUCAGAAACGAAGCCGCAGAGUGGUCCAUUUACUCUCCCAACAGAGAGCACAGGAGCGCAGAAAGCUGAUACAGAUAAGCAUCCUGGGUCAGGUGCAGUGAAGGCAGAGCAAAUGCAUGACACUGAAGCAGAACUAGCAAAGCUGGAAUCGGAGUUUGGCAAGGUUGGUCAAGACUACUCGGCAGAAGAGAUUGGUGACUGGGAAUUCGACGAGCUUGAAAGGGAACUAAGAUCUGGUGAUUCAUCAACAGCCAAAUAGACCCCAAUACUUAUGGUGGCUGGGUCACCGUCAUUGCAAGUUUCGUAAAAAACCUGUGUAUUAUAAACAUGAUAUAUAACUCUGUACCUGACCUCCAAAAAGCCACACAUACUUUUCUCUGUAACUUAUAUGUAACAAGUGACGGAUUAUCAAUUUGUUAAUUUAAUCCUUCUUUAAAUUCUCGAACCUAUAUGCUCGAAUAUGGAAUACAAGUGAAUGAAAAGUGUAAUUUGGAUGUAGCUGG